UGAAGGAAAGGAUAAAUGGAAGGUCCAGAAGCCAUCCUCAACCACCCUGUCUUCCCAUUUCCCCUGCAGCUGGUACAGAUGGCAUUGUACAUCCCCUCACCCACGGAGCUGCUCCUGGCCACAGCCGUAUUCUGCAUAGUAUUCUGGGUGGUCAGAGCUUCCAGAACCCAGGUCCCCAAAGGCCUGAAGACUCCACCCGGACCCUGGGGCUGGCCCUUCAUUGGGCACAUGUUGACCCUGGGGAAGAACCCACACCUGUCGCUGACAAAGCUGAGCAAACAGUAUGGGGAUGUACUGCAGAUUCGCAUUGGCUCCACACCUGUGGUGGUGCUGAGUGGCCUGGACACCAUCCGGCAGGCCCUGGUGCGGCAGGGGGAUGACUUCAAGGGCCGGCCAGACCUCUACAGCUUCACACUUAUCACUAACGGCCAGAGCAUGACUUUCAACCCAGACUCUGGACCGGUGUGGGCUGCCCGCCGGCGCCUGGCCAUGGAUGCCCUGAAGAGUUUCUCCAUAGCCUCAGACCCGACAUCAGCAUCCUCCUGCUACUUGGAGGAGCACGUGAGCAAGGAGGCUAACCAUCUACUCAGCAAGUUCCAGACUCUGAUGGCAGAAGUUGGCCAUUUCGAACCCAUCAACCAGGUGGUAGAAUCGGUGGCUAACGUCAUCGGAGCCAUGUGCUUUGGGAAGACUUUCCCCCAGAAGAGCGAGGAAAUGCUGAACAUCGUGAAGAACAGCAGUGACUUUGUGGAGAACGCCACCUCAGGGAAUGCUGUGGACUUCUUCCCCAUCCUGCGCUACCUGCCCAACCCAGGCCUCAAGAAGUUUAAGAACUUCAAUGAUAGCUUUGUGCUGUUUCUGCAGAAAACAGUCCAGGAGCACUAUAAAGACUUCAACAAGGACAGUAUCCAGGACAUCACAGGUGCCCUGUUCAAGCACAGUGAGAAUUCCAAGGACCGUGGUGGCCUCAUCCCUCAGGAGAAGAUUGUCAACAUUGUCAAUGAUAUCUUUGGAGCUGGAUUUGACACAGUCACAACAGCCAUCACCUGGAGCCUUUUGCUACUUGUGACACACCCCAAGGUGCAGAGGAAGAUCCAUAAGGAACUGGACACGGUGAUUGGCAGGGAUCGGCAACCACGGCUUUCUGACAGACCCCAGCUGCCCUAUAUGGAGGCCUUCAUGUUGGAGAUCUACCGAUACACAUCCUUUGUCCCCUUCACCAUCCCCCACAGCACAACGAGGGACACCUCCCUGAACGGCUUCCACAUUCCCAAGGAGCGCUGUAUCUUCAUAAACCAGUGGCAGGUCAACCAUGAUGAGAAGCAGUGGGAAGACCCCUUUGAGUUCCGCCCGGAGCGCUUUCUUACUGAUAACGAGGAGGCCAUCAACAAGACCCUGAGUGAGAAGGUGAUGCUCUUUGGCCUGGGAAAGCGCCGCUGCAUUGGGGAGAUCCCAGCCAAGUGGGAAGUCUUCCUCUUCUUAGCCAUCCUGCUGCAGCAGCUGGAGUUCAGCGUGCCACCAGGCGUGAAGGUGGACCUGACACCGUGCUAUGGGCUGACCAUGAAGCCUGUGAACCCAGUACACAUGCAGGCAUGGCCACGCUUUUCCAAGUGAAGAUGGCCGAGGCAGGGAGGGAGGCACCCAUGGGGCCAGCACCUUUGUUUCUUUUCCUUUCUUUUUAAAUAAAAGCUUCUUUGAAGUAC